GUUCCCAGCAAGCAUUGCGCCGCGACGGGCUGUCAGGGAAACCAAACUACGAAGUGAAACUCAGUCGGCCCAUCGCUGCGUUUCCAAGGCCAGGCUGCAAGCGGUACCCCCAUGGCCACAGGACGAGCUGCCAAGUCUGAGAAAACAAUUGUGGUCUCUGGUAUUCCAGAUGGCAUUGUAAAAGAUGAUGUCAUGAUUGACAUAUUGAUGAUUCAUUUCCAAAAGUCGAAGAAUAGGGGUGGAGACGUGAAAGAUGUAGUUUAUCCAACAACAAUAAAAGGAGUUGCAUACGUAAUCUUUGAAGAUCAAGAAGUUACCGAGAAUGUUCUCCAGAAAGAUGAACACAGACUAGAGGACAAGAGGCUGGGCAGGUAUUAUCCUCUGAAAAUAUCUCUCUAUAGUGAACAUGUUUUCACCUGUGUCUCGUCUGUUCUUGAUUUGUCCAUUUUUGGAGAUAAAUACAUUUUGGAAGAUCUGGUGCAGGAGCUUCAGAAGACUAUCCCAGCCUUGAGCUUCAGUCCUUUGCAAUCCAAUGGGCAAAUUUCUGUUCAAGGGUCAUUCCCAGCAAUCAAGUCACUAAAAGACAAUUUGUUAUUAAAAGCAAAUUCCCUUUCCAGGAAGGGCAAGAGGGGAGAGAGAAAGCCGGAUCAAAGACCUAACAGCAGGACCGAGAAGCGUGGACUAUUUGUGGAGCCAAAUAAUACUUUUGUCCAUAAUGUAAACAGGGAAGAACAAGUGCUUGUCCUUGACACAGAUAUAUACUGCUACAUGAAACAUUUUUUAUACAAGGAAAGUCUGGCAAAAUACAAUGUUGUAAGUCGAGAAGUCACAGAUGGUGAGAUCACCACAAUAUAUCUAGAAAAUGCCAGAGCAAGUUCUGAUUCUAGAGAAUUAGAAAGAGCCAAAGAGGGAAUUGAAGAUUUGUCUGCAAAACUUCAUUGCAGUUUACGUAAAGAAAGAUUCUCUCUUGAUGGCAACACCAGAUCUGAAAGGCUGAAAUAUAAACAAGCAUUUGAGAGCAUAAAAUCCCGAUUCCCCAAAGUUCUGGUUAUUCCUUAUGAUACUCACAUUGAUGUGAUAGGAAGUUCCUCUGAGACAUAUGAGUUUACCCAAGAAGUGGGUAGAACAGUAAAAAGCCACUUCCAAAAGAGAUUCAGGAGGUAGGAGUUAUUUAGGUGCUGUAGGUGAUGCCUGCGAGCUAGGACAUCUGGUACACGAGAGUGACAUCUGGUACACCAAAGUACAGUCUCCCAACGGAGUCGGUAGGAGCCCUAUUGCUGGGGACUUUUUAUAAAGGAGGUUUUGCACUUCUGUAACUUCCAGCGGAGGAUUUCAAAGCACUUUGCAAACUUCAAUUAAUUAGGGCCCAAUCCUGCUCCCAUUAGAGUUUUGCCAUUGACUCCACACAGCACCCUAAUAGCAUUAGGAGCAUCAUUUUACAUGUUGUGGCUCCUCUAUCAUUAAAAGAAAAUGCAGACCCAUCUACAUCACUGCUGAUACAGUCCUACAAUAUGUGCACAGGCACUUCUCACAGUACAGGAAGCAUGGACACCAAGACAAAAGUCCCAAAUACUAACUUAAAUUUCAGACAAGUAGCAAAUGACCUGUUCAUGCAUCUGGUGAAAUUAAAGUGCGUAGAAGUUAGUUUUCAUAGUGAAUGGAUCAUCCCUGUUUUAUGGUCUCUACUCAUCACAAAUGAGUGCCUCUUGUGGCUAUAUUAACAUACGCUCUUUUUAUGCACGUUUUUGUUUAAUAAGUCACUUAGUUUUACAUGUAAAACAUGUUUUGAUAAACUUUUUUCUUUCUAUAUGCAGCAAAUUUAAAGUAGUUUAAUUUAACCAAUAAAAAAAGUAAAUGCUGUUUUUGUGCUUUAAUUGAAUUCUAAUUUCCAUCCAAAUACAGUUUGACAGGAAUUAUGAGUAAAAAAAUAAUCAUAAUCUAGUAAAUAAAAAACAUGCACCAAUCACUAUUUUGUAACAAAAAAGUUGUGCCAAUUAGGAAUCUGAAUAAAUGUAUGUUAAGCUACGUAGACUCAUUGACUCGUAGACUUUCAGGCCAGAAGGGACCAUCGUGAUCAUCUAGUCUGACCUCUUGCACAUUGCAGGCCACAGAACCUCACCCACCCACUCCUGUGAUAGACCCAUUACCUCUGGCUGAGUUACUGAAGUCCUCAAAUUGUGAUUUAAAGUCUUCAAGUUACAGAGAAUCCACCAUUUACACUAGUUUAAACCUGUAAGUGACCCAUGCUUCAGAGGAAGAUGAAAAAUCGACACAAUUCCUUAAAUAACUGUGUAAAGAUAUAGUGUAUCGUCCUGGUUAGCAAAAAGAAGUAGCAAAUGUAAUGUAAAGGCUCUAAUUAGCAGAAAGUAAACCUAUUUUAAUGGUUUCCAACCAACAAGAAUCUUUCUUUAGGAAAAUAACUAAGGUACAAUUGCAUGAGCUCUGACCCCAGAAAUGUAGGGAUUGGUAGCCAUUUUGUAGAAACCUUUCCUGUUUUUUUUCAGUCAGCUAACCCAGCCUCCCACAUUCAAAAUGUGUAUUAGACACAAAUAAGUGAUAAUUGGCCUUAUUUGCACAGGACUAUUGAACUCUCACUGACAGGCAGCUACAGCUGCUCAGCAUCUCCUACAAUCAGACCAGUUAUUUGAAUAUCUCUAAGUUUUGGAGUGAAAGUGUCGGUCACUGCAUUAAGACUUCUGGCUUUGCUUCUAUUUAUAUAGAUAUUAUUGACAAUGCAGUGAAGUGGACACAUAUUUCCACAGCAAGUCAUCACAUUCAUCAGUGAAUGCUGUGAGCAAGAGAGGAGUAAUAAUUUCCUGUACAAAUGUAAGCAACCUCGAAAUUGUACUGAAAAGCAAUCAAUCACUCUAAUCAUUAAUUACAGAAAUUAGGGAAGGAAAAGACCUUUAUGUCAUAUUGUCCAUCAUCCCCCUUGCCCAGUGCCUGAUUGUUUCUGGCUGUGUUUUACAGUCCAGUUUUAAAUGUUUAAAAUAGUGGUGUUUCUACCACAUUGCCAAGGAAAUAACUCCACGAUCUAAUAGAAAAUUAGUUAAUAUUUUAAUGUUUAGUUAAAUAUUUUCUGGAUCAUAAGAUCCUAGGAGCAGUAACUACCUCUCUCUGUGCAUUUGUACAUUCCUAGCAAAUGGGAUCUUAUUCUGAUAGUUGUCAAUGCAUAUAAUUAACAAUAAUAAUCAUGUAUGUAUAGUGCUUGGAAUAUAAAAAAACCUGUAUAAGUGCUUUCCAUCUACAUUGUUCCAUGAUGCCUGUCACCUUGGUAUCUGAGGCUAAGUAUGAGCCUGACGUUAAAACUAUGUCAGAGCCAUUACUAAAUCCAUCUUUUAGUGCUUCAUCAUAAAAAUUAAUGGACUUUGUCACUUAAUGUGAUUUAAUGAUCUUUUGCAAAUUUGGCUCUCUCAAUAUCCACUGUAGUGGAGAAGCAGGGGAGAGUGAGUUACGUUUUUAAAUGGUUGUAUACUAUGUAAUAUAGGAAUGUACAUAAUGCUUUGUCAAAACAAGACAAAACUACCCUGUGUGUUAUAUUUUAUAUCUCUUUUAUAUUAUUUUGGGGGUGCAUCUAUCAGUAGAUACUCAAAUUAUUAAAGACAGUAACUGAACACUUUUAAAUGGAGAAUAAAAGUAUUUAAAAUCCUGUGGGCAUUUCCCUUUAAAAGAAACAAACAACCCCCCCACCCCAAUGUUGUGCUUUUGGGAUUUUCUUGCCAUGACAAACUAACAGCUUUACUUAUUAUGAAAAUGGAAGGUCCAGUUAUUAUUUUUUAUUAAACCAGUGCCAUUGUGGUGCAUGGACAUUUACAGUCAAGGAAGAAGACAAGGUCAAGAAUGAGCUUAAGUACUUUGCUAUAUCACAGUCUCAGCAGGGAUGGAAAUUUUAGAAUGUUUUGCAAAGAUAAAAUCCGUUCAUAUUUGUGUUCAUUUCCACUAUUCAGACUGUAGUUUUUCUCUUUGUACAUAAUUUUUAAUACAUUCAUUUUUUCU